AUGGGCGGUUUGGACGCUCUCAUGGUGGAACUUACAAAGCGGCUGGGUGACAAGAUCGAGCAGAAGAGAAAGGGCCGUGUUCAAGUACCUGCGGAGGUUCGGGAGCGCCGCGAGGACAGAGAGGCUAGGGAGGCUAGGGAGGCUAGGGAAGCUUUGAAGGAGUUUCGUGCACAAUGGGUACCCGGUCGCUAG